AAGGGUCAACGCAUUAGAAGACAGGCACGCAUACAUAUGCAUUUGUUGAGCGACAGAGCAUGCUUAGACAAAAGAGGACUGCAUUGCCAUUGUGUCACCUACUUGUUAGUUCUUAGCACUGUAGCUCUGGCACGACUGUCGUCUGCGCAAAGAGUGGGUGAGUCCAUUUAGGUCAUUAGGACAGGAGUCUAAUGGGAGUGAUAUUUGAGCAAAACAUCAUGCAGCUAAGUCCCCAUCCAGUGCUGGCAUGGAUGUUAAUGUAUGUUGUAGAGCAAUUUUGCAGUGAGACAGCUCAAAAUUUCAGCUGAAGAAGACCCUGAUUGGAUUCAAAAAGUGAUGGAGAAGUCAGAGCCAGAGCAGUGUCUGACUGACCAAGGCCUGUCCAGCCCUGAUCCAAUGGUACGGGAGGCCUACCUGAUGGCUUAUGACUAUAUAAACUAUGUUACAGCCAAGCCUGGAGCCCCAUUGGGCCCAGCACCUUCUGUUACCUCAGCAGCCCUUCGCCAUGCAGGGGAUGAGCUUCUGCAGCGCUUCCCAAUCUUCUUCCGCCGCUGGCCGCGCGUUUUCCAGGACGUGACGGAGGAGUCGGCCUGCACCACGUUGCUGUCCAUACUGGAUGAACACUUUGCCCCCACGAGGCGCCGGGACCUGGCCUGGAGUGCUGUGCUCUCCAUCUUUGUGCUGGCUGGCCAGAUGGCCCUGCACUGCCAGGAGAAGGGUAUGACCAGAGUCCUGCCCCAGCUCCAGCACUGUGUGGGCAGCUAUGUGGAGAGGGUGAUCUGCCCUGAGAUCAAGGACAAGGGAGGAUGGUCAGGUUUUGUGUCUCGCUUUGGAGAGAAACAGAGUUUGGAGGGCCAGGUGAAGAAGGUAUGCUGCUGGAGUCUGUUCAUUUUUGCUGCAGGGAUCCUUGUCUACUUCCUGUGGAAGAGAAGAAUAACUUAGAGAACAGCGCCAUCAUGUGGAGGACGCUUUAACAUUCUGGCAGGUGCUCUCUGAGGUUGGAGGUUUGGAAGUGCUUGCACUAAUAUCUGAACUUGGAGAAAGUAUGCCAGCUACUGUUGAUAUUUUCCUCAUUAUGUAUUUAGUUUAUUUAUUAUGCUGAAAAUAUGAGAUUUAUUUACCCAAGAUGUAUGAGUAAACACUGCUUCUGGAUAACUUAA